UACAAACACACGUAUGCUUAGCGUAUGUGUAUGUGGAAUUCCGAUUCUAUAAGCUAGAACUAAAACCAAAAAAAGGAAAAAAAAAGCUAAAUUAGCAACAAAUAGUUGAGGAGCGACGCAGAAGCAGAGUCAGACAGCUGAGAGGGAAUCCGUGGAUCAUCGCCAGAACCAGCUGCUGCGUGGCAGCACACGUAAACGACCUAGAACCACGUCCAGUAGAACGACAACCACUUAGCAGCCUACCAAUUAGUAAUAAAACGAUAGCAGUAAAGCGGAAGCAAAGACAAAUAGCCAACAAAAUGCUAAGCAAUUGCCACAGAACCACCAUGAACGCCGCCACCAGCCGACAGAAUUCAACAAAACUGUGGAUGUUAACCCUAGUGGCCGGCAUUGCAGCUCUAAUGCAGAUGCAGUGCGUUAGUGGAGUGGAGUUCACCUUUGACUUGGCCGACAAUGCGGAAGAUUGUUUUUAUGAGGAGAUUAAGCGCAAUACCAGCGCCUACUUUGAAUUUCAAGUGUCUGCCGGUGGUCAACUGGAUGUUGAUGUCACAUUGAAGGAUCCUCAGGGCAAAAUCAUCUACGAACAAAAGCGUUCCACCUUUGACAGUUACCAAUUUGUGGCAGAGACAUCGGGCGUUUAUACAGCCUGCUUUGGCAAUCAAUUUUCGGCCUUCUCCCACAAAAUCGUCUACGUGGACUUCCAAGUGGGCGAGGAGCCGGCCUUGCCCGGUGUCGACGAGCACGCCACUGUGUUGACACAAAUGGAGACAUCAUCGCAGGCUAUACACAAGAGCCUCAAUGAUAUACUCGAUGCCCAGACGCAUCAUCGGUUGCGUGAGGCGCAGGGACGCAAACGGGCAGAUGAACUGAACCAUCGUGUGAUGAUUUGGUCAACACUAGAGACGGCGUCUAUGGUGCUUAUUGGUGUGGCCCUGAUAAUAAUACUGCGCAACUUCUUUACGGAUCGCAAGCCCAGCCAGGUGCACUAUGGACGCCUGUAAAACAACUAGGCCAAGGAUCAGAGAAUCAGAUGCUGGCCACGAUUAAGGUGAGGUGGCGGAGGUAAAGAGAGAGAGAGAGAGCAGUUUUGGGGAAGGCAACCAGGCAGCAGUCAGGGCAAUUCUAUCGUCUACAUUAUUAUUAAUUAAUUAAAUAAUUGUUUCCCGCCAUUCCUUUUUCUUUCCUUUGAUAUUUUUGUUUUGUUUUGUACUGCGCUUUCGUGUUCCACAACGUUCCACAAUCUCAUUUUUUUUUUUUUUUUGAAAUCAUUCAAUUAGCUGGCUUAUACUUUUGGUAAAUGUUUUAAAAUCUCUCUCAUUCCCACCAACCCUAACCGCCUCGGCGGAUAAAGCGGUGACAACGGCGGAUAGGGGAAAGAAAGUUUUACAAAAUACAUGCAAAAUGAUGAAAAAAUGAAACGCCUUUUUGACUACACUUAUCUUUAAACAAAACAAAAGAAACAGCUAAACAAACACGAACGUUUAAAGCCACACCUUCCAAUGCCAGUUUAGAGAUACAAAAUAAACAGACAUUUGUAAUUAAA